AGAUAAAGAUUUUUACCAAUAUGAUGAGUCAAACUUCAUGAACUGGGACUCUGGAUAUCCAGGCACUAACGAGAAGAUGCCAGGAUGUGUCUUGAUGACCAGUUCUGGAAAGUGGCUCCUGCAAUAUUGUGGCUAUUCCUAUAAACCGGUCUGCUCCAAUGUGACGGGACAGCAUGUUUCAUUCGUCUUCAUCAACAUUCCAAUGAACUGGAAGGAGGCUCAGAGUUACUGCAGAGAGCACCUUACAGACCUGGCCAUUCCCAGAAACCUGUCAGAGAACGAGAAGAUAAGGGCACUGAUCCCUGCAGGUUACAGUUGGAUUGGUCUUUACAGAGAUACCUGGAAGUGGUCGGAUGGAGACAUGUAUAUUUGGAAUCGUUGGUUAUCAGGCGAACCUGAUGAAGUGGGGGAGAAAUGCACAGCUACAGUAUUUGAUAAUCGCUAUAGUUCUACUUCCAAUUACAAUGGUAACUGGGGAGCCUGGCCAUGUGAUUCAAGGAAACCGUUCAUCUGCCAUCAUGACCCUGUGCCUUCCACAAAGCAAGUGGUGAAAGUGAAGCUGGUGGGAAACUCAAAUCUGGAUCUGAAUGACCCUGCUGUCCUGGAAAACCUGCUGAAGGAGCUCAAACAGAAGAUGAAGGAGCAGGGCGUGGAUACAGAAAUCAAACUGAGCUGGAAGAAACAACAGGAUGGAAACGUCUUCUACAAGGAGAAAAAGGAGGAGGACCAAAAGUGACUCAAAGACAUUUUGAUGAGAAGCUGUUUCGGUUAUUUUUAGAUUCUUUGAAGUCAUAUAAACACACGCUAAAUGUAAUGUCAAGGAAACAGCAAAAUGUUUUGGUUUAGGGGUAAAAAAUAGUUUUUCUUUUAUUGCAGCUUAAGUCACGUUUUGACUUACAACAACACAUUGUGGACAAAAAAAAUGUCAAAGGUUUUUCUGUUGCAUCCCAGCAAGCAGAAGUGAAAAUAUUACUCAAAGUAGAUCUAGUGUGUUUUGCUUUGUACCUGAAUUUUCAGUUGUUGUUUGAUUUCUUUCUCAAGAAUAAAGAAUCUUUACUGUCACCAUAGAGUUGUUUGAGACACAGGUUUAGGAUGCACACAGAAAUCAUAACACACAUUGCUGAGGGAAGGUGAAGCUGUGAGGUAUGCAAAGUUAUUCAAAUUAACAGCUUUUUUUAGCACCCAGCUGUCUGUCUAGUGAUUCUAAAGAAACUUUGAGGCCUGUCUUCUCUUUAAUCUACUUUGCAUAGUGUCAAUAUUCACAUGGUCAUAUUCUUUUUUACAAAUUUUACUUUAUUUCCUGAAAUUUGACAUCAUUGUAAAAUACACUCUUUUACUGCUAUACUCAUGGUCUAAUUGCAGCGUAGUUUUGACAACUUUCAGGUUGACGGGCUGUUGUGCUGAAAUGUGCUGACGAGAACUUUCCUGGUAUGAGUUGGUGGCUUGUUAUGCUAAUUUACCCCGUUCAACCUCCCAGUAUGUUGUGUUAUUCAGCUGGUCGUGGAUGCAGCUGUGUAAGUAAAUACAUUUCAGAUUAAA